AUGAACAAACGACGUGAUUUGAGUGUGGAAGAAAAAUUAGAUGUUCUUAAAAAAUAUGACGAGCUUCCGAAAAUGAGUCAGCAACAAGCAGCAUGUAAGUUAAACGUGUCUCAAAGUUUACUAGGUAGGAUGCUGAAAAUUCGACAGGAAAUCGAAAAUGCAUCAUUAGAAAAUGUGAAUUCAAACCGUAAAAGAAAAAGGGUCGGUAAUGAAGAAGAAGUUGAAGAAGCUUUCAAACAAUGGUUCACAAAAGUCGGAGAAAAAGAUAUCCGAGUUACAGGACCACUGUUGCUCCAAAAAGCCGAAGAUCUCGAGAAAAAAAUGGGUAAAGAAGAUUUUGUGGCAACAGAAGGUUGGUUUUACCGAUGGGAGAAACGCGAAAACAUUUCAUUUGUUAAGCCACACUGA